AUGGCAGGAGCUUGGUUUGCGGUGUUGCUGCUGUUGCUCAGAACCCAGCAGGGAUUGGGGCUCCCGGGCCUGCAGUACAGCUAUGACUGUGGGACUGGGGGUUUGCAGCUCCUGGUAUAUCCCCUGCCUGGCCAGACUGUCCACUUCCAAGUGGUGGAUGAAUUUGGAAACCGGUUUGAGGUGAACAACUGCUCCAUCUGCUACCACUGGGUCACCUCCAAGCCCCAGGCACCCACGGUCUUCUCUGCUGACUACAGAGGUUGCCACGUGCUGAAGAAGGAUGGACGCUGGCACCUGAGGGUGUUCAUGGAGGCGCUGCUGGCUGACGGUCGUGUAGCAGGGUCACGAGAUGUCACACUGAUCUGCCCCAAACCUGAAUUCAGCUGGAUCCUGAGUCCGAGUCUAACACGGCCCCCCACUUUCUCCAGCCUGGCCACUCUGCCUGCCAGGCCAACUGGCCAGUCCACUGCUGGGCUCCCCAGUCCUCCCACUCCAGAUCCCAGCUUCAGCCACCCAACCCUGGCCUCACUGUCCACUGAACCCGGCCCCACCCACAUCACCCCCACUGUACCCCAAAUGGGCACCCAGGAUAUCUGGGAAGUUGACAAGCCAGUCUAUAUAGGAACCCAUCAGACCCAAAAGCAGUGUCAGCUGGCCUCGGGGCUCAUCCCCUGCCUGGUCACCCCAUCCCAGGAAGCCUGUGAAGGUGCUGGCUGUUGUUAUAAUAACACCAACGCAGUUCCCUGUUACUAUGGCAACACAGAGACAGUUCAGUGCUCCACUGAUGGCCAAGUAAUCCUGGUGGUGUCCCGGGAGACAGCUGUGGCGCACAGGGUAACUCUGGGCAGCAUCCACCUGGCCGGCGCCCCCCACAGCUGCCCCCCAGUACAGCAGACAGAGUCCUUCCUGCUCUUCAGCUUUCCCCUCACCCACUGCAACACUACCCUGCAGCUGGUGGGUGACCUACUCAUCUACGAGAACCUGCUGGUUUCUGAGAAAGAUGUGCACACUGGGCUGCAGGGUUCCAUCACCCGGGAUGGUGUCUUCAGGCUUCUCAUCCGCUGCAUCUUCAAGGCCAAGAACUUCCUGCCCGUCCAGGCAUCUGUCUUCCCUCCACCGUCCCCAGGCCCUGUGACCCAGUCUGGCCCACUACGCCUGGAGCUGCGGAUUGCUAAGGACGAGACUUUCAGCUCCUUUUAUGAGGACAAGGACUACCCCAUUGUGCGGCUACUCCGCCAGCCCGUUCCUGUGGAGGUCCGGCUCCUGCAGAGGACAGACCCCAGCCUGGUUCUAGUAUUGCAGCAUUGCUGGGCCACACCCAGUGCCAACCCCUUCCAGCAGCCCCAAUGGCCAAUCCUGUUGGACAGGUGUCCUUACUUGGGAGACAAUUAUAAGACCAAAAUGGUGACCACGAAUGGGACAGGACUGCCUUUCCCCUGCUACUCUCAGCGUUUCACCAUUGCCACCUUCGCCCUCCUGGACUCUACCUCUGAGAAGGCACUCAGGGGCCUGGUCUACUUCUUCUGCAGUGCCUCAGUCUCUUCCCAGCCAGGGCCCCAAGGCUGUACCCCCCAGUGCAAGUCUGAGCAUAACAGACGGCAUCGAUCCCUGGGCCACCUCAGUGACACGGCCAGACCCCAGGACAUCGUGAGUUCUCUGGGGCCAGUGGGCUUCGAGGAAUCUUCCAGGCAGAAGCUGACACCAGAGUCUGCAGGUUCUUCCAGGUACCCAGGCUUGAGUCCUCCCCUCUGGCUGCUGUUGCUGCUGCUGGCUGCUACCCUGGUCUUGGGGGUCGGUGUCCUUGGGGUCUUGUACAAGGCCCAGAAACUCUGUGGAGGCCAGAGAUAG